CGCCAUCCUGACAGCGUGUGUGGUAGUCAGCCAGCUUGAGUCGACGAUAAACAUAAUUUGAUUUUAGUGGAGUAUACGUUUUUAUUUUCGUUCAUCCAUGGACAUCCAGAGUGCCAGCUCGGUGGUCCUGCAGACCCUGACCCAGGCCACCAGCCAGGACACGGCCGUGCUGAAGCCUGCCGAGGAGCAGCUGCGUCAGUGGGAGACCCAACCCGGCUUCUACUCGGUGCUGCUGAAUAUCUUCAACAAUCACAAUCUUGACGUCAACGUGAGAUGGCUGGCGGUGCUGUACUUCAAGAAUGGCAUCGAUCGCUACUGGAGGAGAGUGGCACCACAUGCUUUGUCCGAAGAGGAGAAGACGUCCCUCCGUGCCGGCCUCGUCACAAACUUCAACGAACCCGUCAACCAGAUUGCCACCCAGAUUGCGGUGCUGAUUGCCAAGGUGGCGCGUCUGGACUGUCCGCGGCAGUGGCCCGAGCUCAUCCCCAUCCUGCUGGAGUCGGUCAAGGUGCAGGACAGCCUGCAGCAGCACCGCGCCCUGCUCACCUUCUACCACGUUACCAAGACCCUGGCCUCCAAACGCCUCGCCACCGACCGGAGGCUCUUCCAGGACUUGGCUGCUGGCAUUUACAGCUUUGCCUGCUCCUUGUGGAAUCACCACACUGACACCUUCCUGCAGCAGGUCUACGCCGGGGACCAGGGGUCCGCACUCAGCUCCCUGGAGCGAACACUGCUGUCUCUUAAAGUGCUGAGGAAACUGACGGUUCAUGGAUUUAUCGAGCCCCAACAGAACAUGGAGGUGAUGGGCUUUUUGAACUCUGUGUUUGAGAGACUAAAGCAGUUUCUGGAGUGCUGUCGACCAGUUCAGCCAGGAAACGUCUGCAGAGAAAAACUAGAGAAGACCAUCAUUUUAUUCACCAAAGUUCUUUUGGACUUCCUGGAGUCCCACCCUUACCCGUUCAUCCCGCUGAUCCAGCGGUCACUUGAGUUCGCUGUCAGCUACGUUUUCACGGAGAUGGGCGAGGGCGUGGUGUUCGAACGCUUCAUCGUCCAGUGCAUGAACCUCAUCAAGUUGAUCGUCAAGAACGAUGCCUACAAACCUAACAAAAACAUUGAAGACACAAAACCCGAGAGCCUGGAAGCGCACAAGAUCAAGAUGGCCUUCUUCACACAUCCUACACUGACGGAGAUCGGCAGACGGCUGGUGUCCCACUACUUCCUGCUCACCGAGGAGGAGCUGGCCAUGUGGGAGGAAGACCCUGAGAGCUUCGCGGUGGAAGAAACAGGAGGGGACUCCUGGAAGUACAGUUUACGGCCCUGCACUGAGGUGUUGUUCCUGGACAUUUUCCACAACUACAGCCAGACAUUAACCCCUGUGCUCCUGGAGAUGGUGCAGAAUCUGCAGGGCCCCACGAAUGUGGAAGAACCUGUUCAGCUGCUAAUGAAGGAUGCUGUCUACAAUGCAGUGGGGCUGGCAGCCUACGAGCUGUUUGACAGCGUGGAAUUUGAUGUCUGGUUCAAGAACCAGUUACUGGCCGAGCUGCAAGUGAGCCACAACAGGUAUAAACUGAUACGGAGGAGAGUGAUAUGGCUUAUAGGGCAAUGGAUCUCUGUGAAGUUCAAAUCAGACUUGCGGCCGGUGCUGUAUGAAGUAAUUCUCAACCUCAUGCAAGACCCUGAUCUCGUGGUACGGAUUGAAACAGCCACAACUCUCAAGCUGACCGUGGAUGAUUUUGAGUUUCGGACAGAACAGUUCUUACCGUACCUGGAGUCCAUCUUUGGACUGCUCUUCCAGCUGCUCCAGCAGGUCACGGAGUGUGACACCAAGAUGCAGGUCCUGCACGUCAUCUCCUGUGUCAUAGAGCGAGUCCACAUUCAGAUCCGGCCUUACGUGGGCUGCCUGGUGCAGUACCUGCCCCUGCUGUGGAAGCAGUCGGAGGAGCACAACAUGCUCCGCUGUGCCAUCCUCACCACCCUCAUCCAUGUCGUCCAGGGCUUAGGAGCGGAGAGCAAGAACCUCUACCCCUUCCUGCUGCCGAUCAUUCAGCUCAGCACGGACGUGUCACAGCCACCGCACGUGUACCUGCUCGAGGAUGGCCUGGAACUCUGGUUGGUGACCUUAGAGAACAGUCCAGGAAUCACACCCGAGCUGCUUAGAAUAUUCCAAAACAUGUCAGCUUUGCUCGAGUUGAGUUCAGAGAACGUGCGAACGUGCUUCCAGAUCAUCAAAGCCUACAUCUACCUUUCAGCCACAGAGUUUUUCCAGAACUAUGCUGAAGGGCUCUGUAAGUCAUUCUGUGAGAUGAUGAAGGACAUCACGAUGGAGGGCCAAGUUCAAGUAUUGAAGGUGGUGGAGAUAGCCCUGAAAGUAAGUCCAGUCCUGGGCUCCCACAUGUUUCAGCCCCUCCUGCCGGCCGUGUUCAGGGGCAUUGUAGAUGGCGAGAGGUAUCCUGUUGUGAUGUCGACGUACCUGGGCGUCAUCGGCCGCAUCCUGCUCCAAAACUCUAGCUUUUUCUCUUCUCUUCUCUCCCAAAUGGCCCAGGAGAUCCACCAAGAGAUGGACCAGCUGCUGGGCAAUGUCAUUGAGAUGUGGGUGGACCGGAUGGAUAACAUCACGCAGCCCGAGAGGAGAAAGCUCUCCGCGCUGGCCCUGCUGUCCCUGUUGCCAUCAGAUAACAGUGUAAUCCAAGACAAGUUCUGUGGCAUCAUUAAUAUCUGCGUGGAGGCCCUGCACGACGUGAUGACCGAGGAUUCCGAGACGGGGAGCUUCCGAGACUGCAUGCUAAUGACCCACUUCGAGGAGCCCAAGGUAACCGAUGAUGAGGAGCCGGCCACAGAGCAAGACAAGAGGAAGAAGUUGCUGGCCCUGGAGGAUCCCGUCCACAGCGUGUCCCUGCAGCAGUUUGUCUACGAGAAGUUGAAAGCCCAGCAGACGCUAAUGGGAGACCAGGGAUUCCAGGCCCUCAUGGAGACAGUGGACACAGAGAUCGUGCGACAGUUGCAGGAGUUCCUGCAAGGACUGUGAAGGUCUGGGAGCCCCUGGCCUCAGGAGACUUCAGAAGGAAAACAACUGAAAAGAAAGAAAAAACAUUCACGUCACAUCGCCAAUAAUGCACCAUGUUUUCAACAAACACUACCCAACGAACAGAGCUUCCACUUUUUUCACACAUUACUUUUUUUUUUCUUCCACUAUUUUGUACUCUUGGGUUGAUCGGUUGGCAACGAAGAAGUGGAA